GGUGCAUGUCCGGCUGGUUGGUAUAUGGAGAAAGGAUUCUGUUAUAAAGUGUUUACAACUACUAAAACCUUUUGGCAAGCUGUUGAUUUAUGCGUAAGUGAAAAUAGCGCUUUAUUAAGCCUGUUUAACCAAACCGAGAUUGACUUUUUGAACAAAGUAUGUAAGAUAUGGAUAGGUGUGAAACAGUUUCAGUCCGAUGGAAGGUACUACUGGUUGGAUGGUACAUUGGAGAACUAUACCAGUAUU